UGAUUUGUUAAUUUUAAGUUUAACUCGAAGCUAAUAAUUUAAAUGUGAAAAAAUUAGAAUAUUAUUAUGUCUCAACUACAAAAUAAUCAAUCAAUUAAAAUAGAACCAUUGGAUGAUAUAAAUUCGGAUAAGCAAAAUGAAAACAGUAGUCUUGUCAAUAGUCAAAUAUAUUCAGACGACGACGAAGGUUGUUUAGAAAGAUUUGAAAAGUCUGACAUAAAAGUAGAACAAGAAAUAGUAACAGAAAUAAUCCGUGUACCUGCCAAAAAACAAAAAACACGCAAAUGCAAAAUUUGUGACAAAUCCUUCCCCAAGGCCUGCGAUUUAAAAAAACACAUGGUCUCUCACAGUAAUGACAGACCUUACACUUGCAUAACUUGUAAUAACACUUUCAAACGCUCCAAAGCCCUAUCGGCUCACUUAAAAAUCCAUUCAGGCACCAAACCUUAUGUGUGCGAUAUAUGCAACCAAGCAUUUCCUCAUACAACAGCUUUAAGACACCAAAAAGUAUUCCACAAAGGAGCUCGUAAAUAUAAAUGUGAGAUAUGUAACAAAGCCUUCAUUCGGGUAGGUCAUUUACAACAGCAUUUAGCAACUCACACAGGUGAACGGAAGUUUAAAUGUGAUUUCUGUCCUAAAAAUUCACACAAUCAGGCAGUUUAUCAAAUCACAUAUAAACACUCAUACAGGAUUGAGAUUAUAUGA